AUGCAUGAGAUACACAGGGCGGGUGUUCACCAUCGAGACAUCUACCCCAAAAAUCUUCUUCUUGUCCGUGGAAAUCCCGAUAAGCUGGUCUGGAUUGACUUUGAUGUUGCAACGACCUUCACCGACUUUGGACCUGAACAGCUGGCCCGCUGUGACCACGAAAUUGCGCUUGUGAAGGGAUUUGCGGAAGCUCUAAGAGAUGACCAGGCUGAGGGACUCCCACCGAAUACAAAAUUCUACUAA